GUGAGGAGGUGAGAGCACAGGUCCGCUCCGCCAUCUCCAAAACGUUUACGCACAGCGCCGCAGCAUUCCGCCUCCCUCCGUCUCUCUCUCUCUCUCUCACACACACACACUCUCUUCCAAUCUCUUUACUCUUCAUCGACAAAAGAGAAGAGAGAAAAAAAAAAUCCACGACUACUAGCCGGCUGGCUGUACUCUGAAGGACCGGGAGCAGCGCACGGAGCAGCCUCUGUCCCAAACCGCAGCGCUUUGCAUGCGGUGAGCAGUCAAAGUGCUGAGAGGAAGAGGAGAAAGUUUUUUUUUCUUAAUUUGUAGACUACAUCAGUUUUUUUUUUUUACCCGUGGAGAGACCAGGGCGCACGAGGACUGAAUGGUUGAUCCCAGCCCUCCUGCGCUGCACCUCCUCUCCGGCGGGAAUGUCAGCAUGGCAGGUGUUGGUGUCAAAGUAGAACAGGAGGAGUUCGGUGAAGGAGGAGGCGUCAUUACCAACGCGGAACCUCCUAAAACAUUUCCCUCACGCAAUUGGUCAGGAAGUCAGCCGCUGGAGGCCCGCCAACUAACCCCACCGCUGUCCCGCUCCCCUUCGGAGGGCUCGCCAGGUAAGGAGCUGACGCACAGGCAGAGCCCCAUGGGACUGAAGGAGGUCAGGACACAUGAUCGACCAGAAGGGCAAUCCAACUUCAAGGAAGUAAUGCCCACCAUUGAGAAGCUGCUGAAUGCUGACUGGAAGGAGAAGCUUCUGGAUAAAAGCACAGUGGGGCCAGGACAACUGAAAGGAACCCAAGAGUCUCUGGCGGAGAAGGAGCUCCAGUUGUUGAUGAUGAUCAACCAGCUGAGUGGUCUGAGGGAGCAGCUGCUGGGGGCGCACUCUGAGCAGAGGAACAUGGCCGCCCUGCUGCUGGAGAAGCAGCAGCAGCAGAUGGAGCUGGCUCGACAGCAGCAGGAACAGAUCGCCAAACAGCAGCAGCAGCUGAUCCAGCAGCAGCACAAGAUCAACCUGCUCCAGCAGCAGAUCCAGCAGGUGAACAUGCCCUACGUGAUGAUCCCGGCUUUCCACACCAGCACCCAGCCCCUCCCGGUCACCUCUGACCCCCAGAUGACCCUGCCAUUGCAACCAAUCCCCUGCAAGCCAGCCAUGGACUAUCCUAUGCAGCUGAUACCGAACCCUCACCCCACCCCUGUGAAGAGGAGCAGCGGUUCUUUCCGACAGGAGGCGAGUCAACCAUUGAACCUGACCUCCAAGCCAAAGGGGAUGGAGCUAGGGAAGACGCCCAGUCCACAGAGCCUAGAGCUGGGAUCGCUGGCACUGCAGGGGGCUUACAGACUCAGGGACCUCCAGAGAGAAAUGUCCCACAGUCCACAACGAUCUGCCCUCAGUUUCCUUGGAGACGGCGAUGUGGUCACCCAGGCCAUCCACGAUGCCCAGCUGCUCCUGAAGAGCAACAGCAGCGGCGGGCGAGAAAGGGAGAGAGACAGGGACAGAGAGAGAGACGGCGGGGAAAAGAUGGAGUAUAAAGAGUCUCCUGAGCAGAGGGACGACAGACAUGGCCGGCCCAACCCAGAGGACCACCUCAGCAGUGACUCUGAGGGUGCUCUGUCCGUUUCUGUCCCAGGCAGCUACGCUGAGGCCCGGCCCCCUCCCUCCUCAGGCCACAUUAAGAGACCCAUGAAUGCCUUCAUGGUGUGGGCCAAGGACGAGCGCAGGAGGAUCCUGCAGGCCUUCCCUGACAUGCACAACUCCUCCAUCAGCAAGAUCCUGGGUUCCAGGUGGAAGUCCAUGUCCAACCAAGAGAAGCAGCCUUACUAUGAAGAGCAGGCGAGGCUGAGCCGGCAGCACCUGGAGCGCUACCCAGACUACAAGUACAAACCCCGGCCCAAACGGACCUGCAUUGUGGAGGGGCGGAGGCUGAGGGUGGGGGAGUACAAGGCCAUGAUGAAAAGCCGUCGGCAGGAACAGAGAGCGACCUACACACACAGUCAAACAGAGCCGCAGCAGAUCCACUACUCCCACAAUGAUGGACAGUACGCUGGCAGCACUGGCUCGGUCUCCGUGGCAACCAUGCCUUUUCACCCCGCGUUACUGGAACAUUACCUGCCACAGGUCCCGCCCGCCCCACGUCAAGUGGAGGGCCACGCCACGCCCACUUCCCUGCCCAGGGAGAGAGAGAGGGAACGAAAGAGGGAGCAGCCUCUGUACAGCGAAGGAGAGGAAAGUGACAGGGGAGAAAGGAGUGAGGGGGAACUGGUGCUCCUGACAGACUGAAGGUGGGAGACCUGAAGAAAAAAUUAAAAGGAAGAUGGAGGGGCUGCGAGGGUCGCUGCGGAGGGGGUGGUGAUCUUAGUUGACAGCCCGAGAGGACAAAUGGAGGAUGAACCAUGGAAAACAGGGAUGGCUCCUCUGUAGGGAAAUGUCACACAUGCUCCCUUGUCAAUUCGUAGUCUCCAGCAAAAGCUGGCCCUACAAACACACACACACACACAUGAACUUGUAAACUCUUAUCUUACUUAUUUCCCUUCAUAGGCAUCAUUUCAUCAGCUGCUUUGUAUUAGAAUACAGAAUUUGAUUUUAAUGUCAUUAAUGUAACGUUUAUGGUUUAAUCCCUUGCUUAUUUUUUAUCACCAUGUUGACUUGGUCAAACACAAAAUACCCCCAGGGCUUAGAUUCACCAGAGGAAAGUGUAAAAUUAAAAACCAUAAAGGUUCCACAGAAUCUGUUGGACAGCUGAUGGAACAGCCAAGUUGAGGCUCUCUGGCUGGAGCAGUAUGUCUACAAGUGAUGAAGCUGUAUGUUUUCAGUGUGUCAGUACUGUCCCCUGCUGGCAACGGUUGGUUACAGCUAAAUCCAACCCUGAGUACUCAUGGCUCACCUUGUCUGGGUUUGAAGAGAGUUAAUAAUAAAAACAUCACAUAGGUGCUAUACUGGUUAAAAAGCUGUGUAAAUGGAAAAAGGUUAGACCUGCACACUGGUUCCAAAACACAACAUAGGACAACAUUGCACUCAAAGUAGACCUUUGCUAUGUUAAAGGAAAAAAUAGACCUAAUGAAGAUGAAUUGCACUUGGAUCAGUUUGUCAGUGUGCAGACAUUAUUGGAAUUGGGCAAGUUAUAAUAUCAAUAUGAUCUCAGGCUUGCUGUUAUAUCUCUGAGCGUAAAGUGUAAGAGUCUUUUUGUGUCUUUUAAUCAGUCUCACUAAAAAAAACUAAACAAGGGGGCAGGUAUCUGGUAAAUUGGUCGUUCAACAUAGGUACACCAGAGUAAAUAUUCUAGGUCUGGGAUCUCUCAGUGCACCUAUAGGUUUUCAAUCCAAUAUCAAUAAAAACAUUUUUAACCCUAAAUAUGCUGUAAAUUGACAAACGUCUCUUCCUCGCCCUCCCGACAUCACACUGUACUGUUGAGCUGUGCUGCAUUAGGCUGUAUUUGUGUGUCUAUCAGUUCUCAUAGCACGGUGGGUCGACCCGAGGCCUACCUGUUUUUUAUACCUCUGUGUUUGCUUCUUUGAGUGUUUAUUGAUUGUCGUGUUGAGCACCUCUUAUCUGUGUAUUCAAAUGUCUUUUAAAAUGCAGCCCCCCGCACCACUGCAAGAAAUAUUCAUUGCUUUUUUCCCUUGAAAAACGAUGUUCAUUUUCUUGAUGCUGGUGUGUUGGGGCUUGUUCCAUUUUUUUUCGAAUUUCCUGAACCUCCACUGGAAUUCAUUUCUGACUUGAAGACUGAAUAUGAAACUAAAUUACAUUUUUGCAGUGACAGAUCAGUCAGUAGCCAAACAGUCUUCUCAUUUCAUCUUUCACUUUGUUCCACAAACAACUUACAGAUAAGACAGAUCAUCCCUGUCCCUGUUUCACACUGGAGAGGAAGCAGCUGGUAUAACCUUGCUCUCUUGUGAUGGAUUUGGAAAAAGACUAAAACAAAAUACAAACAAUGGUUAUUGUGACAACUCCAACAACUCUGGCCAAAGUAAAAGGGACACACCACUGGUCAAAUAAUGAGAACAAGACACCUAAAAUAUCCACAAGGCCCCAUGGCUGUGUUGCUACUUGACAAAAAUUAACUUGCUUAGGUACAUUGAGAUUUAUUGAAGCACUUAGAAUAGGCCUAUAUACCAUGUUCUUAGAAAGUAAGGUGUGAUUUGUGGAUGGAUGUAAUCACACUAAACUGGUUGAUUUGGAAAUUAAAAAUUCUUCUCUUGUAGAAGCCUAUACAAGUUAUUUUUGUAUACAUUAGCUGUGCGGUUAGACAUGUUGAUUUGCCUCAUGCUGCAAACUGUGCUUUAAACUCCCCUGAAGUUUCAAGUAAAACCACCUUAAGGGUGAUUGCAUUUUGAAUAACUUAGGGAACAAGACAGCUUUUGUUCCAACAAGCAUGCUACCUGAUGCUUGCGGUUUACUUUCUGCUAAGUGGCUAUAAAUUCCAAAAUUGACAGAAUAACUCAGAAGAUGAGAAAUGCUGAGUAAUCUGAGACUACAGAAGCUUAAUUAGGAUUCUGGUGCAGUUCAAACAAUAUGUAAGACCAAAAGAGCUGCGUGGUGUCCUCCCAGUCUAAAUGAAGGAGGUACUGAGGUUUUUUUGUGCAUUCCACAAUUACUUAUCAGCAGCUCAACACGAGGCUGCGUCAAGUAAAUACAACCAUAACAAAACGUGCUACAACCUCCUCGUCAGCAUGAUCAGCUAAAAGCAUGUUGCUAUUACCCUGUGGUAACCUGUGGCUAACACUUCUGGCCACAUGGGUAGUGUUGGUGUCUUUGUUCUCAUCACUCAAUAAACGUGUUGACCAGUGGGACAAUAUAACAAAAACUCAACACAAGGUUGACAAAUCAAAAAAAGCAGGGAAAGAAAUUCCAGACGUCAGGGCUGUGUAGAGUAAGGAUGCUGGCUUUUGUGUACAGAGAUGGAUAUCAGAGGAAAGUGUUUAUCUUAUUUUGGUGGAGACACCAUGAGGAGUCUCCGGCUGUUACCCCUGCUGAUGUACAUAUAAAAAGAGACUAUUUUGUUUAUAAGAGCUUGUGUAAUUUAAAGGUGUACAUUUCUCUAUGUUUUCAGAGUUGUGUGUUUUUUUUCUUGA